AUGAACACUCCCACUAGAAUGCUAUUCAAGAGACAAAUGCCAGUAUUGCAAAUGACUCAAGCACCAAUUAGAGGGUUCUAUUACCCAGAUGCCAAUCAUCAUCAUCUCAACUAAGAGCCACAUGUUCUCGCUAAGAGAAUCAUUAAAGUCGUUGGCGAGAGACUAAGACACAUUGACCAUAAUCGUUGGGACGGUGUUCCAGUCACUUUCAAAACCCAUUGGAACAGUGAAAAUGGAGAAAUUGAUAUUAAAACCUGCAUCCUUAUUCACGACAUCAUUGAGAGAGAAUUCAACAUUGAUAUUGACGAUAGAAAGAUUCUACUUCAAAGUAUCUAAGACUGCUUCCACUUCAUUAUGUCCCUCCACACAGCCAUCUGA